AUGGAAUAUACGCGGUUUGUGGGCGAUUCCGGUCUUUACGUCUCCAAAGUUAUUCUCGGGACAGCGAGCUAUGGAUCUUCUCGCUGGCAGGAAUGGGUUGAUGAAGAGGAGGCAGCGCUUCCUUUACUGAAGCAUGCAUUUGACGUGGGUAUAACUACUUGGGAUACAGCCGAUGCAUACUCAAACGGCCGAUCUGAGGAAAUUAUUGGCAAGGCUUUGAAAAUGCACGGCAUUCCCCGCGAGCAAGUGGUUAUCCUAACCAAGAUAUUCUACGCGCUUGAUCCGGAUAGCCAGGGUCCAAUUUCCUCCCUGGUGGACAAGACUAAGCGCCACCUGGUAAACCGGGUCGGGCUAUCACGCAAGCACGUUUUGGCGGCGGUUGCAGAGAGCACGCAGCGCCUUGGGACUUACAUUGACGUCCUGCAGAUUCAUAGGCUUGACCGAGAGUGCAAUCUCACAGAGACGAUGAAGGCGUUGCACGACGUUGUGGAGAGUGGGAGGGUGCGCUACCUAGGAGCAAGCUCUAUGGCAGCGUGGGAGUUUCAAAAGCUACAGUACAUUGCGGACAAGAAUGGAUGGCACAAGUUCAUUUCCAUGCAGAACUACCACAACCUUCUUUACCGUGAGGAGGAGCGAGAAAUGAUCCCGUUCUGUCGAGAUAGCGGCGUCGGUAUUCUUCCUUGGAGCCCGCUCGCACGCGGUGUCCUGGCUCGUCCUUGGACGGAACGAGGCAGUCAGCGAGAGCAGACGGACAAGCUUUUGCGUGGCCUAGUGCGAGAACGCGAGACUCCCGCCGAUGGAAUUAUCGUCAGCCGAGUACAAGAGAUUGCGAAAAAGAGAGGCGUCCCGAUGUCAACAAUCGCCUUGGCCUGGAGUCUGCGGCAAGGCUUGUGUCCAAUUGCCGGCCUGCGAAGCACCGCUCGAAUUGAUGAGGCCGUCCAGGCUGUGGCGUUUCAGCUAUCUGAUGACGAGGCGGCGUACCUAGAGGAGCCAUACACUCCAAAGGAAGUUGUAUACUGA